GGGUUGCAUUUUCCUUGCCACUACCGAUAUCGACUAUUCACGAAAUGCGGAAUUUACAGCUGCUUGAGCAGUGCAAAUCUCGCUUGUCCUUCCAGGAUCUUUCACAAUCGAAGGCGUUUACAGCUGUUGAUCCGGAUUCCGGAGAUGUGUAUGCCGCAUGGUUUACCGACGAUACUGUCAAAGUCGCGCUUCGUGAUCAACAUUCCGACUUCGCUAACGACUUUGUUGAACUUUGCCGACUCCCUGCGUUCGAACGCAACGAUGGUGGAAACGUCAUAAUUGAUUUUCUGUACCUUCCUGACGCUCAAGCCGCUUGCUUGUGUUUAAAUACUGGUGAUAUUGCACUUAUAAGCAAAGAGCGAUUUAACGCUGGAGGCGAAGCACUCGAGAUUGUUGGCACAGUCGACUCCGGUAUCCUUUCUAUGUCUUGGAGUCCGGAUCAAGAAGUUGUUGUGGUCAUUACAGGAGCAAGUACGGUGCUAGAGAUGACUAGGGAUUUCGAUACAAUUACCGAAUUUCCGUUGGACACAAACGAAGAAGGCGAAGGUGUCAGUCACUCUGUAGGCUGGGGAAAAAAGGAAACCCAGUUCCACGGAUCGGAAGGCAAAGCUGCUGCCCAGAGAAAGGCUGAUAUUAACACUUACACCACUUCUCCCGAUGAUGAUCAACAACCUAGAAUCUCAUGGCGUGGUGAUGGUAGCUUUUAUGUUGUUUCAUCUGUGGAUUCAAGCAAGGACUCCCGUGUUUUGCGUGUUUAUAACCGUGAAGGUGUAUUGCAAAACACAAGUGAACCUGUCGAUAAACUCGAGCAUGUACUGAACUGGAGACCGUCGGGAAAUCUGAUCGCUUCGACUCAGCGUCUUCCACACCGUCACGACAUCGUUUUCUUCGAGCGUAAUGGGUUGAGACAUGGCGAAUUUACGUUGAGAGAAACAUCUGAGCACAAGGUCAUUGAAUUGCAGUGGAACGCAGAUUCUUCUAUACUUGCAGUCUGGCUUCAAGUCCGCCGGAAUGACACCAUAAAGAAAACGGUUCAACUGUGGACCAUGAAUAAUUAUCAUUGGUAUAUGAAGCAGCACAUGGAUUUAGGAAGUAACAUUGUUGCAUUCAACUGGGAUGUUGAAAAUCCAUAUGUUGCACAUAUAUUGGCAGAAGAUGCUUUCUAUCAUCGAUUUGUUUUUAUUCACGACAUUGCUACUAGCACGUCUACGUCUAAAGAUAAUGCUGGCUACGUUGCUGUUAUCGAUGGAGCCUCUGCUCUUAUGACGCCAUUCCUAUACCAAAAUGUUCCUCCGCCAAUGAGUAGUAUGGUGGUAACAGCUGAUGAAAACAUUCAAGAAAUUGCAUACUCCAAUUUCUCGACUGGAACUCAGAUUGCAGUACUCGGAGUUUCUCGCAAAGUUGUUUUCUAUGAGCUUCCUGAGAAUGCACGUGGCGCUACAGUAACGCUAGGUACCGUUCAAUUAAGUAUCACCGACGGAAGUCUUCCACGACAAAUCAAAUGGAUCAACCAGACAACUAUCGCUUACCUUCAGUACAGCGACUACGACCACCAGGACUACUUGUUCGUUGACGAAAUUAACAUGAAGGGAGAUAUCCUCAAAGAAUCUAAGCUGGCCGUAGGUGGUCGUGGUCUGCGACUGUACAGUAACGCUCUUUCUGGUAGCCUCCUCGUAGAGCGAAACGAUGGUGACAUUUUGGAAGCCAUCUUCGAUGCUGAUACCAUUGAACUUCAACCGCUGCUCUCGCUGCCGUCAGCAGCACCUUGGAUUGGAGCCAUCACCAUCCAACCAGAGUCAUCAGAUGUUAAGACCAUUAUUGCUGCAUUGACCGACCGAGGAAAGUUGUAUGUUGACGCACAGCUUGUUUCCUCCGAAUGCACUUCAUUUUUUCUGCGACAUAACUUUUUGGUAUAUACUACUACCAACCAUGUUGUAAGAUUUUUACCUUUGGAUGCGCCUUUCUCAGAUACGCAAGAGGUAGAAAAAAUCGCCUCAGCAUAUGACGAAACUACCAGAAGAGUUGAGCGUGGUGCCAGAAUUGUUGUUGCUAUUCAGGACGCCCCAAAACUUGUUCUUCAGAUGCCUCGUGGUAACUUGGAAACUGUUUGUCCACGCGCAUUCGUCCUGUCCAAUAUAAGGGAUGCUAUCAAGAAGGUCGAUUAUCGUUCUGCGUUCCUAGCAUGCCGAACAAACCGUAUCGAUUUGAAUAUUUUGUAUGACGAAGACCCUCAGUUGUUCAAUGACAAUGUUGAUACUCUUUUGUCACAAGUUCAUGAAGUGGAUCAUAUCAACUUAUUCUUAUCGAAUUUGAGAAAUGAAGAUGUUACAGUCACUAUGUAUCCAAAAGUAGGCACUGGACCAGAAGCUUCCGCUGCUCUACCUACCACCAGUAUUUUAGAAAAUAAGGUCAACACCAUAUGCGAAAAAGUUCGAACAGUCUUAAUCCAACGCGAUCAGAAGAAGUAUAUUCAAGCGAUCUUGUCUACCUAUGUUCGAAGUACGCCAUCCGAUCUAGAGUCCGCACUCCGGUUGCUUGCCGAACUAAAAGCGACAGACAUUGGACACGCUGAGGAAGCUUUAAGUUACACCAUCUUUUUGUGCGAUGCUGACAGACUCUUCGACGUUGCUUUGGGAAUGUACGACUUCAGCUUAGUAUUGAUGGUUGCACAGCAAUCACAAAAGGAUCCAAGAGAAUAUUUGCCGUUCCUUCAAGAACUGCAGUCACUUGAAAAGUUCUAUCAACGUUUCAAGAUCGACGAUCACCUUAAGCGAUAUAAAAAAGCUGUCCACAAUUUAUCCAAAGCUGGAAAUAGCCACUUUGAACAAGUUGUCAACUACACAAAGCUUCACACGCUUUAUACAUAUGCUCUCUCGCUGUAUCCAAAUGCGUCCAAUGAAAGAAAGACCCUUUUGUUAGCGUAUGCUGAGUACUUGCAAGGACGCACUAGCUAUGAUGAGGCUGCAAUUGCUUAUACCAUGGCCGGAUCUCUUCAAGAUGCUCUGGAUGCUUACAGCCUUGGCCUCUCUUGGAGAGAAGCCUUUUCUGUGGCCAAAGAGCUUCAAUAUUCGGAUAGCGCAAUUGCUGACCUUGGAUAUGGGUUAAUCGAGUCUCUUAAGGAAAAACGUCGAUUUCAAGAAGCCGCCCAGAUUGCGUUGGAUUACUCAAAAGAUGUUGAGGAUGCCGUGGAUUCUUUGAUCAAAGGAAAUCUAUGGAACGAAAGUAUUAGGAUUUCUCGUACAUAUAAUCGUACCGACCUAGUGGAAACUCACAUCAAACCAGGCAUAGCUGAGACCUAUUCACAGCACCGAGAUGAUAUCAAGGAAAUGCAAGAACAGUUUGAAAAGCAGACAAGUCGUUUGCGGGAAUUAAGACAGAAGAAGCCUGACCCGUUUAUGAAUAUGCCUGAUGACCCAACGCUGGAAAAUGUCGACAUGUUUUCAGAUACAACCUCAAUGUAUAGCCAGUUUACCAGGAACACUGUUACAACGGCCAGAUUUUCUCAGGCAUCGUCGUCAACUGCCAGAUCAGGCCGAUCUUCCAAGACCAAGCGACGAGAGGAAAGAAAGAAGGCUAGAGGUAAAAAAGGUACCAUCUAUGAAGAAGAAUACAUUGUUGGAUCGCUCAAGCGACUGUAUGAGCGAGCCAGCGGAAUGCAAGCCGAGAUAGGUGGUAUGAUCAAGACACUUAUGGUCUUUGGACAUGUUGAUGAUGCCAAGGUGAUACAAAAACAGUUCUCUUCAGUGUUAACUCAGUUGCACUCUGGUAUCGACGACAUUUUUGUUCCACUGCAACUGCAGUAUCCUCCUAACGAUGAAGGGAUUGUGCCUCCACCCACCGUCAUAGAAAAACCAACAAUAGCCACUGUUGAGUGGACAUUGGAAAUACUACUGGAGUAAAAAGAAAGGGAAUAAAAUAAAAAGUAAAACGAUUUUUUGCGCUAAUAGAAAC